AUGCGAGGAGAGCAGUCAACACUUAAGGUCAACAGGGAAACACUGAACAGGUGCACCAAGCUUAUCCAGGCCCAGUCAAGAGCAGAUAACUCAUCCCUUCCUGAUGUCUCUCAGGAAGAUGAGUACUUGACUGUGCAGUGUACCAACCCUUACAAACAUUGCUGGCCGUUACUGACUCAUCACCUCACCAUCUUCCCCUCGUCACCUCGCUGUAACCCUCUUGUCACCUCACCAUCUUCCCCUUGUCACCUCGCUGUCACCCCCUCGUCACCUCACGUCUCCCCCUCGUCACCUCGCUGUCACCCCCUCGUCACCUCACGUCUCCCCCUCACCUCGCUGUCACCCCCUCGUCACCCCAUGUCUCCCCCUCGUCACCUCACGUCUCCCCCUCGUCACCUCACGUCUCCCCCUCGUCACCUCACGUCUCCCCCUCGUCACCUCACGUCUCCCCCUCGUCACCUCACGUCUCCCCCUCAUCACCCCAUGUCUCCCCCUCGUCACCUCACUGUCACCCCUGUUAACUCGGUGGGCCCCACACAGAGCUGGCAUGUUGUGGCUGUAAUUAGCAGCUCCACAACACAAUGGUGUGAGACAUGUGACCCCUGGUGA